AUGGCGAAAUUGUACUCAUUUGAGGAGGUUUCCAAGCACAGAAGUAUCAAGGAUUGCUGGCUUGUAAUCGAGGGGAAGGUAUAUGAUGUAUCCCCAUUCAUGGAUGAUCAUCCCGGAGGUGAUGAAGUUUUGCUAUCAUCAAGUGGAAAAGAUGCAACCGCCGACUUUGAAGAUAUUGGCCACAGUGAUUCUGCUAAAGAGAUGAUGGACAAAUAUUUGAUUGGGACAAUAGACAAGUCAACAGUUCCCACGAAACGCACUUUUGUUCCACCACCACCACAAGUCGUGUCCAAUGCAAAGAAGGGUUCGGAUUUCACAAUCAAGAUUUUGCAGUUUGUUGCCCCUCUCUUGAUCUUAGGUCUGGCCUUCAUCGUCCGAAGCUACACCAAGGAGAAAUGA